AUGGCGAGAGCACCGCGUUCAGCGAGACGAGUAACACAGCGAGGUUAUGCCUCGGAAAGCGAAGGCAAGUCCUUCAAAGGCCAAUUAUACGAUAGUACUGCCCAAAGGUUACAAAGGGAGAGGGCAGACCAACUUCGCUUCGCCGAGAUUCGAGCUGCUCAGAAGGGCUCGGGAGGCUCGCCCAUCUGGUUGGUGCCGCUGGUCUUGCUGACGGGUGCUCUCGGUGGCUACAUCGCCGGCCAACAAGCUCCAGCCGACCCUGCCCCCAACUCGACCCUACCGCUUGCAGCCGCCCAUCCUCCCAAACACAACAUUGCCCCUACCAAUCUCGAAGCAGCAUGGACCGACUUCCGCGACAUCGUUGGCCAGGAGAACAUCUCGACCGAAGCUUCCGACCUCACCUCACAUUCGGGCUCUGAGUGGAGCUCCUAUCCUUCUCUCCCCGGAGAUCAGCCUUUCUGCGUUGUGAGGCCUGCCUCUACCGAGCAAGUGAGCGAGAUCAUGAAGGUCUGUCACCGUCGUCACAUCCCAGUCACACCCUAUUCUGGUGGAACCAGUCUGGAAGGCCACUUUGCUUCAACAAGAGGCGGUGUGUGUAUCGACUUUAGUCGCAUGGACAAGAUCCUGAAGCUGAACAAGGACGACCUGGACAUAAUCGUACAACCUGCUGUCGGCUGGGAGAACUUGAACGAGGAACUAGCCGAUCACAAUCUCUUCUUCCCUCCAGACCCGGGUCCGGGAGCUAUGAUUGGUGGUAUGGUCGGCACUGGGUGUAGUGGCACAAAUGCUUAUCGCUACGGAACCAUGAAGGAUUGGGUUCUGAGUCUCACCGUGGUCCUCGCAGAUGGAACGAUCGUCAAGACCAAGCAACGCCCAAGGAAAUCUUCUGCCGGCUACGACCUCACGCGUAUGUUCAUCGGAAGCGAAGGCACUCUUGGUCUGGUCACCGAAGCGACACUGAAAGUCACCGUCAAGCCCCAGAACACGAGUGUUGCUGUCUGCACAUUCGGCUCGGUCAGGGAGGCUGCCAAUGCUGCCUUCAAGGUUGUAGGUGAGGGUGUGCCCAUUGCGGCGAUCGAAUUGCUAGACGAUGUUCAGAUGCGAUGCAUCAACGACGCCGGGCAAACGUCACGAUCGUGGAAGGAGUCUCCCACUCUGUUUUUCAAGUUCAGUGGAACCGCCACCAGCGUCAAGGAGCACAUUGCGAUUGUCCAAAAACUAGCCAGGUCUUCGGGCAGCAAGACCUUCGAGUUUGCAAAGAACCAGGACGAGGCGCUCGAACUGUGGAGCGCCAGAAAGGAAGCCCUCUGGAGCGUCAUGGCCAAGAAGCAAAACGAUGGUGACCAUGUCUGGACUACGGACGUAGCAGUGCCCAUCUCCCGCCUGCCUGAUAUUGUUGAAGAGACCAAAGAAGCCAUCUCCAAGAGCGGCCUGACAGGAGCUAUCGUUGGUCACGUUGGUGACGGCAACUUUCACGCUAUCAUCCUCUAUAACGACAAGGAACAUAGUCUCGCAGAGGACCUUGUCCACCGCAUGGUCAAACGUGCCAUCGAGAUGGAAGGCACAGCCACCGGCGAGCACGGUGUUGGUAUGGUCAAGCGCGAUUAUCUCGAGCAUGAGGUUGGCCGUAGCACUGUCGACUUGAUGAGAAAGAUGAAGCUUGCUCUUGACCCUCUGUGUUUACUCAAUUGCGACAAGGUCGUUCGCGUCCAACAGCCCAAGCCUGGUGAGGUGCAAGAGUGGUAG